AAAGUCAGCACCAGCUCGGACCUCUCCGGUCUCAAGGUCGUCGACGUGAACGGUUGGGCGCCCACCCAAGAUGGCCUCGCGCCGCGAAAGGAUUCCUGUCCUCCGCGCGUGGCUGCUCUGUUGCUACUCUGUUACUACUACCUCAGGUACGAGAACGAGAACGACCGCGCGCUCAAGACCCUCCUCGAUGGGGAGGCCGACGCGAUGUUCGUGUACGCCGACCAGGCGUACACGUACUCUUGCGCCGACAAGGACGUGCAGCCCGCGUGGGACUGCGAUCUGUGGAGCGGGCUCGGCACCAAGUUCGCCUACAUCCACACCGGCAUGUUCGAGACGGCCUUCAACGGCACGACCCUCACCAUGUCCAAGCGCGGCUCGGGGCUGUCGAAGAUUGUCAACCCGUGCAUCGACAAGUUCAUCACGACCAAGUCGUACUACGACAUCUGCGUCAAGCACGACUUUGUGGACGACUGCUACGCGAACGAGUUCUUCCCUGAGGGCUCGGACUCGACCGAUCCGUGGGAGCUUCCCACCAGCGAGCAGACCGGCGACUGCUCCUCGGGCUACUGCGGCUGCUGAGCUGGUAUGGACGCUAUGGAGGCCGCCGGCCCGUAUAAGCCGUACGUUUACAGUACAC